GAAGUGAAGCCUCGUUUCCCGGGCCGGGUCAGCCUCUCCCUCCCGGCCGCUGCUGCUCCUGUCCGGGCCUGGAGCUCGCUCCGCGGCGGCGGGGAGCCGAGAAGACGGGCCCUCCAUGUGGACCUGGACCACAUAGAGCCAGCCAGAAAAGAAAGGAGGGAGAGAAGCCUGGAUGUUUUACAGAGCUGACAAGGAUAAUAGGGGCUAUAACUGCGAUUCGGGGUGAACUCACUCAACUGCCAGGCAGUCAUGCAACUGACAGGCUCGAUGUGCGGUCAGGAAACGGACACAAUCCCAAAACAUUCAGUCCAUCUAGUUAUCUGGAUGAGCUCAAGUCUAGACAGCAAACAUCCACUCACAUGUGCAGCCACAGUCUGCGAGACUUUGUUGCCGGAAGCAAACUCCAUACACUUCCGUUGCAUCGCGUUGCUAUGCAACAAGAAGUGGGGCAGACUCGGAGAUUGAACGCUGUAAACAAAGAAAUGUCGUCCAAUUACUCGGCAAACCAGUAUGACGGAGCCUUCAACCCGCAGAAGCUGCAGAACUGGGGUGGACUAAACACUUCAAAGAGGCCAACAGCACGGGUGGGCCAUACCUCCUUCAUUGCUGACGACAGAGGGCAUCUACUCCCAGGAAAGGUGAAGAGGGGCAGUUCAUGGUCAGACUUUGUGGGGACCUGGGAUCUACCUGCUCGUACCCCAUCACAACACAUCAACGCCACUUCUCGCUCUCAGGAGGGUCUCAAAAGGCUUAAGUCAUGGGGGAUUCACCCACAGCAAAGCAGCGGGCCUCUGCCACACAGAGGCAGCAGAAGCACAGAUAAACUGCCCGAUGUUGGCGAGGAGACCAGUGGGGGUGUACAGCAGGACGGUGCUGCUCAAACUCUGCAGCUGAAGCCCGAGCGUCUUCUCAGAACAGCCCCUCCUUCACUGGGAGCGACAGAGCUGCCAGCCAGGGCAAUGAUUCACAAGCAAGAGUGGCCGGAUCGCCAGAUGAACGAGCUGCUCUUGCUGCAGCGAAGAACAAGCCACUGAGCCAGCGCUCUGCAGAGGCUUUGACGCCUGGAGUUGGCAAAGGAACAGCACACCAUCAUCCUCCAGUCAGAAACAAGGACAUACAACAACACUAGUAAACAUCAUUGAGUUCUUAGUAUGUUGAGAAAACACCUAAAAUAAUAAAAGCAUUUUAAAAAUGACAAUUUUGAAUAGCUGGAUUUAAACAACUUUGCUUUCGGGACAAAUCAAUAUGAUGUCACUUAUUCCAGUCUAAAAUGUCACAUUGUUCAGUAUAACGAGUUCCAGCCUCUCAGAGGAAAUGCAGGGUAACAAAAGGUAUUGUUGUCUAUAAUGGAUGUACAAAGACUCACAGUACGGCAGCUGCCACUUUAUCAGGUUGGACUAGAAACACUUUGACUGUAUAUCAGUAUAUGUUAAUAGAACAUCAGGCCCUUUAUUCUCACCAAAGUGAAGAGGUGGUCUGGAGACAUGCUUCCUUUGUAUGUGAAAUAUAAGAGUUGAAACAAAAAGAUUAUUUCAGAACCUUAUGCAUCUGAAUUAUGAA